GCUCCUCCCUCCACCCCGCGCAAUCCUCUCUCCUCCGGGCAGGCGAUGCCGAGCGGGGCGGCCAUGGAGGCGGCGGCGCGGAGGCGGCAGCUCCCGGGAGCGGCGAGCGGUCCCGGCGCCACGUUCGUGCAGGCCAGGCAUGGCUCCAUGAAGGCUGAGGAGACAGAGCGCACAGCUCCCUUCCACUUUGACCUCUGGUUCUACUUCACACUGCAGAACUGGGUCCUGGACUUCGGCCGCCCCAUUGCCAUGCUGGUGUUCCCGCUCCAGUGGUUUCCUCUCAACAAGCCAAGCGUUGGGGACUACUUCCACAUGGCCUACAAUGUCAUCACACCCUUCCUUCUGCUCAAGCUCAUCGAGAGGUCCCCUCGCACACUGCCGAGGUCUAUAAUCUACGUCAGUAUCAUCACUUUCAUCAUGGGAGCCAGCAUCCACCUGGUGGGCGACUCCGUCAACCACCGCCUGCUCUUCAGUGGGUACCAGCACCACCUGUCCGUCAGAGAGAACCCCAUCAUCAAGAAUCUCAAGCCAGAGACGCUGAUCGACUCCUUUGAGCUGCUGUACUACUAUGACGAGUACCUGGGCCACUCCAUGUGGUACAUCCCCUUCUUCCUCAUCCUCUUCAUGUACUUCAGUGGCUGUUUUACGACCUCCAAGGCUGAGAGCCACAUGCCAGGGCCUGCCCUGCUCCUGGUGGUGCCCAGUGGUCUGUACUACUGGUACCUGGUCACCGAGGGCCAGAUCUUCAUUCUCUUCAUCUUCACCUUCUUUGCCAUGCUGGCUCUCGUCUUGCACCAGAAGCGUAGGCGCCUCUUCCUGGACAGCAACGGCCUCUUCCUCUUCUAUUCCUUCGCCCUCACCCUCUCACUGGUGGCUCUGUGGGUUGCUUGGCUGUGGAAUGACCCUGUACUCAGAAAGAAGUACCCUGGCGUCAUCUACGUCCCCGAGCCCUGGGCCUUCUACACGCUGCAUGUCAGCAGUCAGCACUGAGGCUCCCUGGGAGCGACAGGCCAUGGAUAUUUGUGUGCAUGGGUGCAGAUGUGCAUCGGGAAUGUGCACUGUGCACAUGUCCAGAGACUGGCAGGUACACUGCUGACAGACACGGCUGUUUUGGUCAGGGUUGUUUUUUAUUUGUUGCUUUGGACUUAAGAUGGAAUUUAGUUUGGAGAAAUAUAUGAAGGCCAAGAUCCUGGCCCCUGCCCUCCCUCCCCUGUAUCUCUCUACUUUUAGAGAUACCACUCCUAUCUCUCAGGACUGGGCUGGCCUUACAGAAAUGUCUUCUGGUGGCCAUGCAGGUGAGGGCUGGGCAGGGCAGAAGCAGGAGGCCCUGCCACCCACUCAGAAGCUGGCUCACCCUGAAGCUGCCUGCCCCCAGCCCUAAAGGACACAACUUCUGUCCUUUGAACAAAGCAAUUCUAUCUCUGGUCUUCAUUUGUUCUGGAGGCCUCCAUGGUCCCCAAGUGGCUCUGUGGACUGGGGGUUCUGAUUCCCCUGAGACAGCUCAGCAAGGAAGAGUGGUUCUGUCUGUUACUGCGUGCCCACCCUCAGCCUAGGGGGGAUGCUCUUCCCCCUCUUGUGCAGCCUUGAACCCCACUCACAUGCUGCUGAGAACCCGGUCUCCAGGGAGCUCAAGGUCACUAUCAGCUGAACUCUGGAAACCAGCCUGGGUUUGGAACUACAUGGAAGGCAGAGUUCCCACGUCCUUGUGUUAUAGAUUUCCUGAGACCCAUUGUCAGGGUCUGGGACAUUACAAAUCUGUCUCUCAAGACAUCGCAUCUCAACCUGAAUCUCUCACCACCUGCCGGGUGCCUAUGUUCCCAGUGUGGUGGCUCCUGCUUCCCCCAGCCUGCCUCCUCCCAGGCCUCAGACACAGGACUCCGGGGCACAGCACUGGCCUGUGCCAUGAGUCUUGGGGACACUCCUACUAUGCAUUCUCUUCUGUUGCUCUCAGGGAACACUGGGCCUGAUUCUUCUCUUUUGUUGUGGUCUUUCUACAGGCUAGACCAUGCUGGGUGGUGAGAGGUCUGAAUAAAAGCGGCAUGGAGGCCGGC